CGCUGCUGGCGCGUGAGGAGCAGCAGGAGUUGUGUGCAGCAUGUCAGCCUGCCGCCGUGCGUGAAGCAGCUGCGCGCGGACAGAUUCAGACUCUUCAGCUCGUUUCACAGCAAACAUCCGGUCUGCACGCGCCUCCUCCUCUCCCCAACGCAGGAGCCACUGCUGAGAAGACACGGAUUUUAUCUGCACACCGAGACACCGAGAGAGCGUCCGAUCCGCCCAGCAGAGAUGGCAAAGGCAGACCAGCGUUUCGGCCAGCGGGAUGGCUCUGACCAGAACUUUGACUACAUGUUCAAGCUGCUGAUCAUCGGUAACAGCAGCGUGGGGAAGACGUCCUUCCUGUUCCGCUACGCCGACGACUCCUUCAGCAACUCCUUCGUCAGCACCGUGGGCAUUGACUUCAAAGUGAAAACGGUGUAUCGCAACGACAAGAGGAUCAAGCUGCAGAUCUGGGACACGGCCGGUCAGGAGCGUUACCGCACCAUCACCACAGCCUACUACCGCGGUGCCAUGGGCUUCAUUCUCAUGUAUGACAUCACCAACGAGGAGUCCUUCAACGCCGUCCAGGACUGGGCCACGCAGAUCAAGACGUACUCAUGGGAUAACGCCCAGGUGAUCAUGGUGGGCAACAAGUGCGACAUGGACGAGGAGAGAGUGGUACCCCCUGAGAAGGGAAAACACCUGGCUGACCAGCUAGGCUUCGAGUACUACGAGGCAAGCGCCAAAGAGAACAUCAAUGUGCGGCAGGUGUUUGAGCGCUUGGUGGACAUCAUCUGUGUGAAGAUGUCGGAGCGUGUGGACGUAGAGGCGCCGGCAGCUCCUGGUUCCAAGACCACCAGACUGACCGACAAACCUGCCCAGCUACCUCAGAAGUGCUGCUGAUCGUCCGUCAUCCCCCAAGCUCUCAAAAUAAGAAAAAGAAAAAAAAUAUAUAGAUUAUCUAUUGUAACAUUCCUCUGCACACUCGCUCUGCUUCAUGUUUGUAAGCGGCCAUCCAUUACUACGCCUUCUCCAGGCCCUGCUAACUAACAUCUAUAUAACCACUUUUACCAUCCCAAGUGUCCGUGGGAGGCCCUUUAGCUGUCAGCGUACUCCAUGCUAAUGCGGGUUUGGCGUGCUUGAAAAGGUUAUUGUGCUGCUGGUGGUGAUAUCACUGUGACUAGUGACUGUUUUCAAGGAUUUUUCUCUUAUGCAGAAACAAAAAAAGAACAAAGGCUUGAUUACACUAGAAAGUGACACAGUUACAGACAGGCUGAAAAAGUGACAUCAGGUACUUCCGGUUGGUUCUCUUAGCUGUCGCAUGGAUAUUUAGCAUCUGAUGAUGAGCGUGCGCGGUUUAUUUCAUAGUUGUGUUCGUUGAAAUGCUGACAUUCGUGUGUGUGAGGUAGAGCCUUUUACUGUGGAAUGAGGAGUCAGAGGUCAGGACUGUGAGGAAGACUUUCUUUUAGUAAGUGGGGUGAAUUUGUGAGUCAGGGGUGGAGAGUGGACUGUUUCAACCAAGAAACAAAUGCACUGAAGGUGUUUCCAACAGGAUGAUUAGAUCUGCGCAUUUUCUGUGCUGGUGUGACUUCAAGGUGGAAACAAUUAAUGUCUAAAAAGCUGCACAGCUGGCAACCACAGACUCAACUUCUUGCAAACAUGAAAGCCAAAUCCAACAGAAGCUGAUCCAGAAUGCUGCACAGAUGUGAAACAUCCAGGAGGAAACCACUGCAGGUCAGAGGGACAUGAGGACCAAUCCGAUCCAGCUGCUGCAGAGACCAAACUGCAGAUGACUGUUAACACUAGUAAAAGGCUUAUUUCUGUAAGCCGCUGCGUGCCACUCUGUAGUGCAGACUUCUUCACAGAGAAAUAACCACUGGUGAUACAAAGUGGGUGGCUCUUGAGUUAAACUUUCCUUAACUUAAAGGUGAGCGAUUAAAGCAACUACCAGUGAGAGAGAAGGACACCUCUGACUGACAUAUGAGGGGGUGGUAAAUACAUUAGAGGGUUACCUAAGCAACCACAGCCAGGAACAGCCAUAAUCUAGCUGCCAUUAAAAUGAUGCAAGAUGAGUGAAUCACUUCCUGUGUGGCCACCCCUUAAGAAGUGUGCUUCAUUUUCAUUCAUCACAAAGACGCCGUCCGACUUCUCUUUGUUACUCUGAAGAUGCUCUCUUUGAUUGCAGCACUGUGAUGUUGACCGGGACACAGAGGGUGAAUCUUCUUACUCUGCCUGAGAUUAGACGCGAUGAAUGACACCUGCUUGCUCCAUGCUGUAAUGACACAUGUGCAGUGAGGCAGCAGGCCUCUAACUGAGUAACACUGCAGGUGAAGUUUAGUGUCUCAAACACGCCAAAUGCACAUUUAGUUGGAGUGUGAUGUCAGCAGGGUCACAGGUCAGCACAGCACUGCCUCUCCUCUCAAAGUGUAGCACAACGCCACAGCUGCUCAUGUGUUUACAGUCCUCCUCUGAGUCAUCACUCAUGCUGCUUCUCUACAGCUAGCGGUAGUUCCUCUGAUAUAACAUGCCUAUAGCCCACAAACUCUUACUGGCCUUACUCAGACAGACGCUUUAAGGCUGCACCACCAACGCACAACUCUGACAGGGCUGCAGUCCAGUCGCUCGGGUCAGAGGAGCCGGGUCAUAGGUGAAGUGACAGCACCCCCUGGUGGUUUAAUGGGGUCUUAAGAUAAUUACAGAAAGUUCAAUGAGAAGGAAAACACUUAAAAUGGUGUUACAACAAAGUAUAACUGAAACAACUCAUACAUUUCAAGAGUCAUAUCGGAUGAACAGCAGUGAGUAUUGAUCACACCUGUAACCAGGUGUGAAACGAAGAUGAAACUACAUUGUGAUUUUAUGGAUGUUUGUAUGAUGAUUUCAGUCUUGGUUUCAGUGAUGCUAAAUCCCAGAGGUGAAGGUAUUUUCUCUGUUCACUCUGUGGAAACCAAACUGAGAUACACAGAUGCUCUUUGAGCAUGUGCAAACCAUCCACUAAAGCAAACUCUGAACUCUGACUCAGAUUGUCUCCAUCGGGAAGAUUAUUAACAACAAACAGAACCAAUAUAAGUCUGAUGUGAGCGUGUGCAGGAGCACAAACAAUCCCUGUUUGUUAUCUCUGUCCUCUCUAAUCUGCAGCCUCCAGCAGCUGCUCUCAGUCUGAUGUUCUGCAGGACUUAACGUGAUGCUGCUUGACUUUCAGCUCUCUUUGCGUGUCCUUCAUAGCUUAUUCAACCUUCCUGUUUCUGUCUGAUGAAGCAGUCCUUCAGAUCUUCACUGUUCCAGCCUUCAGUCAGUGUUUCUUCUCAUUGACAGGAAGCCCCAAAAUGUCUGCCGCUGUGUCAGCUGUUGCCAUUGUGUUGUGAAGGUGUGGAAGGAUUUCUGAAUGGACCUAUGGGGUCCAAGACUUCCAAGGAAUCUAAAGCUUAUUUCUAAAGCCCAGUGUGGGUGUGGCUGCUGGAGCCUGAGUUGAGGUACCUUUUGCUGUAAUGUAAGGCUGUGCUCAGAAGUGAGAUGCAGAGUUUCUGCCUUCACAGAGCCGUGAGAUUCUUUAAAUACACAGCAGAGAAUCAGUGAUGACCCCGAAAGAGAGAUGCUUUAAACUGAAACGCUGUCCUUCCUGUGGGACCGAAGCUCUAGAUUCACCUCUCUGACCUCUGAGCUUUAAUUACAGAGAAACAGAGCACGAGUUAUGAAGACUGGAGUUAUUUAAAGCCACUGAGACCUGACGACACAACCCAGAGCUGCAGCAGUCAAACCUUCCAGUAACACACAGCUUUUCUGGUUUAGGAUCAAGCCAACGGACUCAAAUUAAUGGAAGCUGCAAAAAGCAACAGGAACUCCAAAGUAACCGACAUGCAGGAGGUUUGUUUCUGAGGUUAACUGACAGCCGUCACUGCUGAAUGAUCAUCCACUCCCUUUGGUGGUGUGAGCGUCCUCAUAAGGGCUCAGUUCACAUACAAAUUCUGUUCCAGACAAACGGAGACACGCUUGGAGCUCUUUUUGGUGUUAUUAUGAAACAAUCUGAGAUGGAGAAUGAGAGCGUGAGACAAGAGUCAUGUGUGCAUUCACACUAAUCAUCAACCUUCAGGUGUGAAGUAAAUCUGUUUGAAUUGCAUUUUGCUGGAAGCUGAGUCAGAGUUCACGAGUCGUAGAAGAGUAAAAAGCAUCCAGGGUCUCGCCUCUGGCCAGUGCUGGAGUGCGUGCUCGCUGUAGUUUUGCUUUCUAUGGCGUGAACAGACUUCCAUGUCUGCUUUUUUCCCGAAAUCACAGAAGAACAAAGACAGGAGAGGAGAUCAGGAUCAGAGACCCUGGCCCGGGCCACACUGAGCGCUGCAGCCCUGCUUCAUGGUGGCAAUCAGCUUUUGCACCGGCGACCGUGCCGCCAAGGCCACACGGAGGCUGAUUUUUAGUCGCACACACACGUGAGUGGAACUGAUGAGUGAGGAGAGCACGUCUCUCGCCCCCUUUAGCAGGUGUAGUCGCACAGCCGCCGUGUUUGCAGUGUUUCCUACAUGAGCGUGUGUGUGCGUGUGUGUUAGUGUUGAGUAUCAUGAUAUUUAUCGCGUGUUCAGUUGUACGGGUUCUUGUGAUAUUUUGAGCUCCAGUGCGUGUGUUCAUGGAAGACUUGAAGAAACAUUUGUUCUUAAAUAUUCUGAUAAACUUAUAUCCUGCCAAACUGUUGUAUAGCAACCACAGCGCACGUUGGUGUGUGUAACUCCCUGCCGUGUGUCUUCAUAUGGAUAAGAACUUACAAUAACAUGGACAUCGUCUUCAUAUGAUUAUUUUCUAAGUGACUUUGUAAAUGAUAGAGGUAGAUCUGAUCCUGGUGUUGAGUUUAUUUUUCUGCAGUGUAACCAUGGACUAAUUCUUAGAGAGUUCCUGUAAACUUGUUGUCUUACGGUUUGCUCCUGUUCAGGGAGAAGCACAAAGUGAUUGUACAAAAUAUUGUGAAUGUUUGUAUAUUAUAGAUCAGAUUUAGUAUAAUAAAAAUCACAAUCUUUAAUCAGAA